AUGGGGAGUCGGGGGCGGGGCGGGGGCUUGUUUAUCAGAGAACACAUUAAAUAUGAAAGUAUUUAUAGCAAGGUAUGUCUACCCAAAACACAGAGCAAUUCAAGAGUACUCCAGUGUUAUUCUUGGGACAAUAAUAACAGUCUCAUCAGCAACUACUUUAGCCAGACUGGAGACAGUGAUGCCAUUCACCUGCUAGCGUGGCCCAGCUCCCGCCCAGGGAGGCCUCCGGGGACGCGCUCCCUCAGUCCCCCGGCCGAGGAUACGGUAAUCCGCCUUCCUUCCCGGGGGCCCUCACGCCCAACUAAAAAUAGGUGUCUCGGUCACCCCAAGGCCCUCUCCGGCCGACCUCACCCUCGGGAGACGUCCUCGGACAAGACGCCGCAGCGGAACAGGGGUCGGGCCCGCGGCGGCCCGGGGAGGCCGCGAGGCCGCUCGGAGCCCGCCAGCCUCGGUGGCCCGGCCCAAGCAGGAGCCCGGCGGCGGCGACCCGGCGCCCGAGGCCUACCCGGCGGGGGCGGCGGCAGGCGGUGUCCCGGCCCCACGGCCGCACCCCCCCCCCCCGCCCGACGCGGCCCUCCCGUCUGCCUGGGACCCCGCGGCCGGCGCAACCCUCCCCUCUCCGCGGUCCCCGCGGCCGGAGCCUGGGCCCGGCGCGGCCCGCUCUCCCUUACCCUGCGCGGCCGGGGAAGGAUACCAGAAAGACGCGGCGGCGCCGGCAGUACAGCCCGAGCCGCCAGCUCCAAGUGGCCGCCGCCGCCGCAGUACCUCAGGUGCCGUCGCGCCGCCCGGCAGGAAACGGGCGGUUUCGGGGCGGGGCGGCCCCGGCACGUCCCGGCGUCUGGGCCGGCAGUGCCCGGAGACCGGCCCCUUAAAGGGACAGGCGUCGCCGCUUCGGCCCCCGCGCGCUCUCCCGCGCGCUCGGAUGUGUGGACUUCGGCAGUUUCUUAAACUUUCCGGGCCUCCUCACCUGUAAAAUGCAGAUACUACAACACCAUGGCCUCACAGAUUGCUGGAAAGUGUACACCUCACAAAAGGGACGAUUACUUCUAUUAACAUGGAUGAAUAAGAAGACUGAAAACAGGAUUCUCUUGGGCUCUAAACACCUGAGGUAAGUUCAGUUAUGUAAACCGAAUCAGAUAGAGCUUACAAUAAACCCAAGAGUUACCCUGAACUGCUGGAUUAUUUAACGGAAGAAUUAACAAAAUGCUUUGCUGAUUUUUCUAAUAGUUACUACAACCUUCUGAAAUUAAUAAUUUAAUAAAUCCCAUAGAAUGAAUAAAUGUGCUUUUUUAUUCAAUUCUCUAGAAGAGUUUGCAUUGAAUGUUUGUUAGAACUUGUCCUCAAAAUUAUCUGGAGCAGUUGUUUUCUUUACGAGAAUCUCAUUUGAAAUUACCAAUUCCAUGUGUUUAAAGGAAUACACAGUGUUGGGUUUGGAAUUUUUGUUAAUUUUGGUAAAUUACUUUUUUACUAGGCAUUUGUUCAUUUAUAUUUAUUUAAAAAUGAGUUUUUCUCUUAACUUCUUUCUAAUCUCUGCUGCCCCUUGUGUUAUGUCCCAGUUAUUUCCAGUAUAGUGUUUUUGCACCCUUUCCCUUUUUUAAACUAAUCUUCCAAAGGUAUGUUAAUUUUAUUAGUCAUUUCAAAGAACCAAUUUUUUGCUUUUUGAUUCUUUUUUUACCUUUGUUUUCUAUUUCAUUAAUUUCUACUUUAUUAGUUCCAUACUUCUACUACUCCUGGGUUUAUUCUGUUGUUACACUAAUAACUUUUAAAUUAGCCACUUACGGGGACUUCCCUGGUGGUCCAAUGGCAAAGAAUCUGCCUUCCAACGCAGGGGACACAGGUUCGAUCCCUGGUCGGGGAACUAAGAUCCUACAUGCCAUGGGGCAACUAAGCUCACGUGCCACAACUACUGAGCUCGCACGCCUCAACUAGAGCCUGUGUUCUGCAAACUGCAGAGCCCACGCGCUCUGGAACCCACGCAUUACAACUAGAGAAGAGAAAACCUGCACACCACAACUAGAGAGACACCCGCGCGCUGCAACAAAAGAUCCCGCCUGCAUCAACGAAGAUCCCGCGUGCCACAACGAAGACCCGAUGCAGCCCAAAAAAUAAAUAAAUAAAUAAAUAAAUAAAAUUAGCUCAUUAAUUUUCUGUCUUUUGGCUUUUCUAAAUUAUCCAUUUAAGAUUAUAAGUUUCCCUCUAUGCAUUGCUAUAGCUGAAUCUCCAAAAUUUUUAUAUGUUGCAUUUGUUUUUAUUUUUCAGUUCUAUGUAUUUUAAAUUUCCCAUUAUGAUUUCUUUUUUUACCUGUGAAUAAUUUUGCAGUUUAUUUUAAAGUUUGCUAAUGUAUAAGAUUUUCAUGAUCAUCUUUUUACAAAUUGAUUUGCAUUUUAAAUGCAUUGUGGUCAGAAAUUGCAGUUCCAAUUCCUCAAAAUGUAUUGACACAAGUUGUGGACUAUUAAGUAGUCAAAUUUCACAAGGAUCUGUAUGGCAUGAAAAGAAUGUGCAUUCUCCAAUUGUUUUAUGGGGUCCUAUAUAUGUCCGUUAGAUUGAGUUUGUUAACUGUAUUAUUCAAAAUAUAUUUAUCUUUACUGAUAUUUUCAUCUAUUUGAUCUAUUCA